CGUCCACCAGCCAUUCAGACUGUGUGCUUGUGUGUAUGUGUGUUUGUGUGUGUAUUGUCUGUCUGUGUGCGAGUGAGUGAGUGAGUGUGAGUGAGGGAGUCUCUCUUUCAUUCCAUUCCAUUCUAUUCCACUUCAUUUCAUCUCCCAUUCCAUGCUUCCAUUCCCUUUUCCCUUUUCCCUUCACUUGCUCUCUUUGCAGCCUGGCUCCAUGGAUCUUCUUCUUCACUGCCCCAUUUGGUUUCUCUCCCCUUCUACUUCCCUUCUUCGUCACUAGCCAGCCAGCCAGUUGGUCUGCACCUUUGUUUGUUCUAUUCCCACCCCGACUGGGAGGCCUUUCACUCUCUCUGUGUAAUCCGCUGUAUGCUGAGAUGGUCAAAGCCCAAGUGUCCUGCAUUCCAUUCCUGUCUUCCUCCUGGAGGGCUUGGUCAACAGCCAAUUCUUCUUCUUCUUCUUCUUCUUUGCCCUUGGCCUGCCAUGUCAAAUCCUGCACUUAGCUGCGUGCACGAGGGAUAGGUCGAUGGUCGGCUGUGUGUCGUGGUCCAUGAUUUGAUGAUUAGCAAGCAGUGAUUAGUGUCGAGAGGCUUAGGAGGGGAGAGGGAGGGGAUUGAGGAUUUUUUUCCCUUUCUGUUUUGGUUUUUGCCUUUAUUUUUUUUUUGUGGAGUGAUUGUAUAGGCGUUGGCUUGCAGUCCAACCUGGUGAUGGCAGCAUGAAUGUGGAAGAAGUGAAGAGCAGAAGAGUGUUCCAUUAGCUGCUUCUUCCAUUGAAUUGAGAAAUAUGGAGUCUGAAGACGAAAUGCUGGACGCCUGGGCUGGAACAUCAGAUGGCGAGUUUCAAAAUAAAGAGGAGGAGGAGGAAUUAGACGCUUUAGCCAGUGACGACGAAAAUGACGGAUCAGAUUAUGGUUUUGAUUAUUCUAAUAUUGAUGAUAUUCAGCCUAGUUCCCGGCUUCCCCAGACUAAUUUCACCGUGCUUAGUGAGAAAGAUAUACGACAUCGCCAAGCUGAGGCUAUAGCAACUAUCACCAACUUUUUGUCCAUAUCACCUGUGGAUGCCGGGGUGCUGCUUCGGUAUUUCAAGUGGAGUAUUAGUAAAGUCAACGAUGAGUGGUUCGCCGACGAGGAACGCGUUCGCGCCAACGUUGGUUUGCUGGAAAAGCCGGCGACUAGCAAAAGGAAAAUUGAUAAAGAGAUGACGUGUGGGAUAUGUUUUGAGGGUCAUCCUUUUGAGAAGAUGACGGCACCUAGAUGCGGUCACUAUUUUUGUGAGACCUGCUGGACAGGUUACAUACACACUGCAAUUAAUGACGGACCAGGAUGUUUGACUUUGCGGUGUGCGGAUCCAUCUUGUGGCGCAGCCGUUGGUGAAGACAUGGUGUUGGGUUUAGUUUCUAACGAGGAUCAACAAAAGUACACGCGGUAUCUUUUAAGGUCUUACGUUGAGGACAAUCGAAAGCAGGUGAAGUGGUGCCCAGCACCUGGAUGUGAAUAUGCAGUGGAAUAUCAACCUGGGGUUGGUUCUUAUGACCUCGUUUGCAAGUGUGGGCUUAAUUUCUGCUGGAAUUGUCGGGAGGAAGCACAUCGGCCUGUGGAUUGUGAAACCGUCAACAAGUGGAUAUUGAAGAAUUGCGCAGAAUCAGAGAACAUGAAUUGGAUUCUUGCAAACAGCAAACCUUGCCCCAAGUGUAAGAGGCCAAUUGAGAAAAACCAAGGCUGCAUGCAUAUCACUUGCACUCCACCUUGCAAACAUGAGUUUUGCUGGCUUUGUCUUGGAGCAUGGACUGAUCACGGGGAAAGGACCGGAGGUUUCUAUGCAUGCAACCGUUACGAAACUGCGAAACAAGAAGGCGUGUAUGAUGAAGCAGAGCGGAGAAGGGAAAUGGCUAAGAACUCGCUUGAACGCUAUACACAUUACUAUGAACGUUGGGCUACAAACGAAUCUUCUAGGGCGAAGGCGCUUGCGGACCUUCAACAAAUGCAGCCUGUGCAGAUUGAAAAGUUAAGUGACAAACAAUGUCAACCUGUGUCGCAGCUGAAGUUUGUGACAGAUGCUUGGCUGCAGAUUGUAGAGUGCCGACGCGUAUUGAAAUGGACAUAUGCUUAUGGGUAUUACUUACCUGAGAACGAGCAUACGAAGAGGCAGUUCUUUGAAUAUUCUCAAGGUGAGGCAGAAGCUGGUUUAGAGCGCCUCCAUCAGUGUGCCGAGAAGGACUUGCAGACAUUCCUUGAAGGAGACAAUCCCACCAGCUCAUUCAAUGAUUUCCGCACCAAACUCGCCGGCUUGACCAGUGUGACGAGGACAUACUUCGAGAACCUGGUUCGCGCGUUAGAGAAUAAUCUUUCGGAUGUUGACAAUCUGAAAGGGGCGGCCAAGUCCAGCAGCAGCUCUAAAGCUUCCGGUAGCUCUAAAUCGCGAGGCGGAAGGGCCAAAGGUGGAAGCUCCAGAAGCGGGGGAUCCAGCCGAAGUUGGGAGGAGGCGACCCACUGGUCUUGUGAGCAUUGCACAUAUGCUAAUACCACAGCCACUUCCUCCACUGUGUGUAUCAUCUGCCAGUAUCCCCGUUCUUAAUAUUAUCAACUUUCUAAUAGCUUUAGCAUCCCUCUAGUUAAUCUCCUUGACUAGACCUCGCAGCUCUCUGUCGACACUUCUGAUCUCCUGGCUGACUCUACCCUGCCAUAAUCUGGAGUACGAGGAUAGUUGUUCUCUGUAGCUAGUCGGAUAAUUUGAUCUAUGGGAAUCCGCCUCAGUUAGUUUAAGUCCUUCAUUAGUCUGGGUGUAUUCAACACCGGGAUCUACUGCUCGGAUUUUUUUGUUAUAUAAUACAUUAGGAAAACUAGGUGAUAAGGAAAGGGAGGGUGUCGAGAAAGUCUAGACCUACGUCUCAGCGGUGCAGAAUGUGCCAAAUCCCUUCCUGCUGUAUAAGAUAUGUGUGGACGGACAUUGGUUAUCUUGCACCUAUUUGCACUGUCGUUGUGGUAAAGGGAUAAGCUGGCCAGUUGUUUCUUUCAUCAGACAGUGGCGCAAGAUUUCUGCAUGUGAUGCGUUGUGCUUGGGAAUUGGGCGUCUUGACAGAU